AUGGCAAGUGGAGCAGCCGAGGAAGCAGCGCCGACGCGUCGUCGCACUCUCACGCUGCGCCGCGCUGGCGUGGACCCAAUCACGCUCGCAUGGUACGUGCCAGGAACCAGCACCGCGGAUAUGCGGGCCACGGCCGAAUGGCGGCUCGGGCUGUGGCCUGGUGCAGGGUUCACGCUGGAAGACGAGACUGGCGCCGCGGUGGCCCUCUCUCCCGGCCUACCGUCCGGCCUCUCGCUCGACGCUUCCGCGGCGCUCGGCGAAGGCGGGGCAGCGGUGUCCGGCGGCGACGCCGCACCGCCACGGCCCCUCCUCUCGUGGUCCCAGCGGGACGGCUCAGUGGUCAGGCUCGGAGGUGAGAAGCGCUCCUCGCACUCGCACCAGUGCGCCAGCCUGUACCAGGCGCGGCCCCGCCACGACGAGCCAAAGAAUCCGAAGCUCACGCCGGCGGAGAGGCUGGACGCCAACAUGGAGUCGGUUCUCAAGCUCACGCGGUUGACCAACCACCUAGCAAACGAGCGCACCUUCCUCGCGUGGAUACGCACGACCGUCUCUCUGUUUGGGCUCGCCAUCUCGACCAUCGCGCUCGCCAACCACGAGGUGCGCGAGUGGCGCUGGAUGGCCGUCUCGUCGGGGCUGCUCGUCUCGCUCCUCUCGACGGCCGCCUACGUGCAUGGCUGCGAGCGGUACUUCAAGGUGAAGAAGGUGCUCGAGAUGCCGAACCCGCCUCCCGCCUUCAACCGGCGCUCGCUCGUCACCUUCUCGGGCGUCGCCGGCAUGGUGUGGGUGGCCAUCUGCUUCAGCUACGUGGUCUUAUGGGCCACGUGGGGCUCCCCUGACGACUGA